AUGCUGGUGCCAUUUGUAGGAUUCUUCUGCAGUGGACGAUCGCAGCGACAUGAGGCGAACAGCAUUGCGGCUGCGAUGGCGCUCGGCCAGCUCCAACCGUCACAUCGCGCUGUGCUGCCCAAGAUUCCAUCGCAGCCUAAAUCCAACGGCAGCUCGAGUCUCGCCGCUCUCACCCCUACUCGUCCCGACCCAGGCCCGCCAGAAGCGCUUGCCAGUCGCACUCUCCUCGACUUUCUCGCCUGGCCGACGCAGCCCUCGUUGUGGCUCGCCCUCAGACACCCUUGGGGCCACGCAUCGCAGUCUGCUGCCGAAAUUGUGACUUUCUUCUUGCGGCCGCGACGAGUUCGGAGAGCACUUGAAUUCGGAGAGCCGUCUGCUGCCCCAAGUCUGUCGGCGCCAGUGCAUCGACGCUGGCCCACACUUGCGGUGAAGGCGAAGGGCUGGGACCAGCGGGCGGCUGCAACGGGCCUUGAAGUCGGGCGAAGGGCAGCGCAGCGCAAUCAGGAAGCGAGUCGAAGGAAGCCUCUUCACGGAGAGAGCGAGCCAAGGCAGCCUCACAGCCUGGCAGCAGCUGUGGCAGCGGCCAGCGGCAGAGUCGCAGGUGAAGCAGUGCCAGUCGGGUCGAGGUUGAGGGCGAGUUUCGAGCUUGACAUCGUCCGUUCCCUCACCGAUCCAUCCUUCUUCAAGACAUAUCGAUUCAUCAUGGCACGAUAUAUCGAGGAUGCCCUCAAGCACGACAGACGCUUCUGCGACGCUCUCGAUGCGCAUCGUUACCUAGACAUUCAGCCAACAACCUCCGAAUCUCACAAUGAGGAGGUUGAUCAGCUUGUCGCCGACCAAGGCUUCGCUUCAUCUCCACCAUUCUUGCGCCGCCUGAACGGCUCCAUCUGGACGGCUACACCAUCUCGAAAGAUUCGCCGCUCCUGCCUCGCUGCACCGACCGGGCGCCUUUGCUGUAGCAUGCAUUAUCCCUAA